GUUGAGUCCGUAUUGGUUAUACUUGUUGUCUUCAACCGCAAUUGGAUAUUUUGAAUUAUUUACCUUUAGUUUGUGUAUCAAUUGAACAAAGGAAAGCUACGAUGUCCGACUCAGAUCAACAUAGUAUUUCAGUGUUAAAGUUCUUGGAAUUGGCAUUGACCAUAACCUGUCUCGUACUUCAUUACUACAGUUUCAACGAUGGUGACAUCAUAACAGCAUUUUUGUCCACUGGCACAUUUUGCGGUUUUAUCAUAAUUUUACUGGCAGUGUUUUUUGGAUACUUAAUGAAGUCUCGUAUUCCCAAGCGCUUGGACAUAUUUUUGAGUUUAAUGGGCAGCGCAUUAUUUGAAGCCACUGGCGUUCUGAUAAUCGAAGCUUGGGAACACUCUUUUCGCACUAGGACCAGAGACUUAGCUAUACUAAAAGGUUCCGUCUCCAUAAUCACUGGUGUCCUAUUUUUAUUUGAUUGCAUUUUUACGUUUAAGAAUAAGUAAGAAAAAUUUGUUGUGUGUUUUUCGCUUACAAUUAGAAUUGCUGUGUUCAAAAUAUUGUGUUUGUUACUCAGUGCCAUAAGAAAGUGAUGUGCAAUGGUUUACGUAAGCAUACUACAACGAAAAACAAAUAGCUUGCGUUUAUCAGUA